CCCAGAUUUCGUUACAGUAUAGUCUCUCCAAAUGGUUAAACACAGACCAAAGUCCGAUGAAUGCUUUAAUAUUGGCUUGUCCUAAAUCCCUAGGUUAGGUACCUAAUCUAUACUAUUUCAUACCCAGGUAUUCGUCUUAUUAAUAGCUUUCGGGUGGAUCUUAGUAUGCCUGACCCCAUCCAACGAUCUGCUUGCGAUAGAUGUCACGGACAGAAACUAAGGUGCAUGAGAAGUGCGUCUGGAGGUGCCUGUGUCCGUUGUACUAGAGCGAGAGCAAUCUGUACCUGGAGCCCGUCGCUUCGCAGUAAAAGGGGGUUGAAACCCAAGGCGAUGAAUGACCAUCACGAUGAUCGGCACAGCUCCGUCAACAGAGAGGAUAAUCUCGACUCAGUCAAAACUACUGAAAACGGCCCUCCGCACUCUACCUCUGCUACUCCCGGCCCUAUUUGCCAACUUUCUCUUUCUGAUAUGAAUUUUAGCCUUGGUAGCGACCUCUUCCAGUGCGACUCGGCGUUAUGGCAGACACCCCUUAUCGAGGACUCUACCUCCGGUUCUUCGCCAACCCUUGUCACAUCUACAAGCCCGCCUUUGUCACAGGUACCAUCACAAGAUGCUUCUAAUACUUGGCAAGAUCGAUUCAAUCAGGAGUGGGCCAUGCUGUCUACCGAACAACAAUCUCCUCUUAAGAAUGAUAGUCCAGCGGGAAAGCAAGAUCCCUUGCGGGAUGAUGUGCAAGAACCUCUUUGCUUGCCAUUGGAUAUUAUCCAGAGCCUCUCUGAUUUGAACGUUGAAACAUUCUCACUUUCCUCUACCAUUCCUAAACCUCCGAUCUCUACAUCCCAGCCAUUGAGUUGGAAGGAUAAGGACUUCGCCAUAGACAAAACAUUCCAAUUAUCCCAGAGGUUCAUCGAGGCGCUUGACAAGUUAUAUCCCCGUCAGCCAGGAGGUUCGGCUCAGGAUUCUAUCACGUCUCCUAUCCGUGAGUCUAGCACCAGUCGACUUGCUUCAUUCGAUCAGGCAUCUUUUCUAUUAGUUCUCUCUUGUUAUCAGAGACUAAUCGAAAUUUAUAACGACAUCUUCGGCAACAUGCAAGCUUGCUUGGAUCGCUCCUCGGUCACGGCACCCGAGGAUUAUGUUCGGAUGCCCGAUGUGAAGGUCGGAUCUUUCUCCCUACCAAACUCUUCAGCCCUUCAAAUCACUCUGGUAUUGCAACUGGCUAGGCAUCUCCUGCAGCGGAUGAGUUUCAUCAUCAAGAUCCUUAAUCCAUCCCCAAUUACCGAUAGCGAUAACAUAAACGAUUUGAUGGCACCAACAUUCAAGGCAGUCGCUACUAGAGAGACUGAUUUGAUUGAAAGAAUAAAUCUUUUGAGGAGUACACUUGUCUCGUUAGAUAUCUUAUAAACUGGUAGAGGUACCGCAUUGCACAACACCCUCUCACGACUAUCUAAGUUACCUCUUCCACGGAAGGCACGAGGUAAUAUACCCUUAAGGAAAGAGAGUAGAUAGGUGUUAUGUUAUUGAUAUCCACGUCGAGUAAGGUCUUUUUAGGCUUAAGCUACCUAGAGAUUUUAAAGAAUAAGCCCCGAAAAGUCAUCAAUUAGCAUACCUAGGUAACGGUAUUCGUCCGCAAUGAUCUAUCACGAGUGCUUUAAAACCAUCCUCAUCAUAAAUCGAUCGGUAUAACCUACCUAACAAGUACAAAGUACACAACGAAAGUUGGCCUAAUUUUCGCAAUGAUAAGUGACUGUUAGUAUCUAUUCAUCACACAUCCA